CCCUUUUCACCCCACCCCCUCCACCCACACAGCUGAGGUCACCCCGGCCCAGCCUCUUUUGCAACUUUCCCAAGUCUGUGCAUGAGAGGGAGAGGAGGAAAAUUCAGAAGGAAGUGUCUUGGCCUCAACAAACUCUUUUUUGCUCCCAAAGCCUUUUUCCUCCGACCCGGCUGAGACUUGCUCUAACAGGAGACCCCUGACUCAGAGAGGACUCCUGCCCGCCUUUGGAGGCUGAAUGCUAAGCAGCUACAACCGCUCUGAAGCCCCUCAUGAAUCCCCGGAAGAAGGUGGACCUGAAGCUCAUCAUCAUUGGAGCCCUGGGUGUAGGAAAGACCUCCCUCCUCCACCAAUAUGUGCACAAGACAUUUUACGAGGACUAUCAGACCACACUAGGGGCCAGCAUUCUCUCCAAGAUUAUCAUACUGGAUGACACAACUUUGAAGCUACAGAUCUGGGACACAGGCGGACAGGAGCGGUUCCGCUCUAUGGUGUCCACGUUCUACAAAGGCUCUGAUGGCUGCAUCCUGGCUUUUGAUGUCACCGACCUGGAGUCCUUUGAAGCCCUGGAUACCUGGCGGGGUGAUGUUCUCGCCAAAACCAUUCCAAUGGAGCAGUCCUACCCCAUGGUGGUGCUGGGCAACAAGAUUGAUCUGGCAGACCGGCAGGUGCCACGGGAGGUAGCCCAAGGCUGGUGUAAAGAGAAGGAUAUUCCCUAUUUUGAAGUCAGUGCCAAGAAUGACAUCAAUGUGGUACAAGCCUUUGAGAUGCUGGCCAGUCGGGCUCUGUCGAGGUACCGAAGCAUCAUAGAGAAUUACCUCACAGACUCCAUCAAGCUCUCACCAGAAGACCAGAACAGGAGUAAAUGCUGCUGACCUUCCAGACGCCCUCGG